UCAAUGCUUUAAGGACACAGAGUUUCAAUCCGUUUCAAGAUUUCAUCUGCACUAACCGAGAUGGACGACUCUGUUUUCUCAGACCCACUACAUGGGAAAAAACAUUUUGUUAACAACGUUGUUCAAUGCCCACUGCUGAGAGACCCAGGUGUGGUGGAAUCUCAGGCCAAGCAGAAUGCCAAGAUGGCCAACCUGCUACCUCCCACAGGCACCCCAGUGUUCCGCCGCUUCACCCCUGAGUCGCUGGUAGAGAUCAAGAGGCGGAUGGGCGAGGAAGCAAAGGAGCAGGACAGGAAGUUAGCUCUGAAUAUCGAGGUAGCAGAGGAAGACCUGCUGAAACCAUCUGCUGAUCUGGAGGCCGGAAAGGCCCUGCCAUUUAUUUAUGGAAAUCCACCAGCUGAGCUUCUCAACACACCUCUGGAGGAACUGGAUCCAUUCUACAAAUCACGCAAAACCUUUAUUGUCAUCACCAAGGGGAAUACAAUCUUCAGGUUCAAUGCUGAGCCGGCCUGCUACAUCCUGUCGCCCUUCAAUCUUCUAAGGAGAGGAGCCAUCAAGAUUCUCAUACAUUCGUUGUUUAGCAUGUUCAUCAAGUUAACACUCCUGGCCAACUGUAUGUUCAUGACGAUCAGUUACCUUCCCAAAACAUUUAAAACUGUUGAAUAUGUCUUCAUUGGGAUCUAUACCUUUGAGGCAGCCAUUAAAGUCUCCUCCAGAGGCUUCUGCGUUGGGCAAUUCACAUUCCUUCGAGAUCCAUGGAACUGGCUGGAUUUCAUGGUGAUAAGCAUAGCGUUCAUCACUGUGUUUGGUAACCUGGGCAACAUGUUGGUCAUCAAGGUGUUUAUUGUGAUCCGAGUCCUUAAAAUAAUCCCUCUUUUUUCUGGUCUUAAAACCACCGUGGGUGAUUGGAUCCAGUCAGUGAAGAAGCUGGCUCAAGUGAUGAUCCUUACAGUUUUCUGCUUGGCGGUGUUGGCCCUGGUCGGAUUGCAACUGUUCAUGGGCAAUCUGCGGCAGAAGUGCGUUUUCUGGCCUUCAUAUGACCCAUACUUUGACAGCAGCACAUUUAACCACAGUGUGCAGGUUGGACAACAAACCACAUGGGACUUCAAUGAGUACAUCAACAACAAAGAAAACCAGUACUACCUCCCAGGGAUGAGAGACCCUCUACUUUGUGGAAACUCUUCUGAUUCUGGACGCUGCCCUUCGGGAUACACAUGUGUAAAGGCUGGUCAAAAUCCCAACUAUGGAUACACAAACUUUGAUAGUUUUGGAUGGGCCUACCUCUCCCUGUUUCAGCUCAUGACACGGGAUUACUGGAAAAAUCUUCUCCAGCUGACUCUUCGCUCUGCAGGGAAAACCUACAUGAUCUUCUUUGUGGUGGUGAUCUUCCUGGGCUCGUUCUACCUGAUCACCCUGAUCCUGGCUGCGUUGGCCAUGGCAUAUGUAGAGCAAAACAAGGCCACUAUGGCUGAAGCAAAAGAAAAAGAGGCUGCCAGGAUCAUGGAAAAACUGAUGGAACGGAAAGAGAGACAGAACAGCCAUCAUAAACAGCAUGAACAUGUUACAAUCACUGGCAGCCAGAUGUCACUGUCCUGUCCAAAGUCACAUUAUGAGAAAAGUGAAAGGUCAUUUCAAGAGGUUGCUGACGAUGAGGAGUGUACAUCCAGCUUCAACAAGAACAACACAGCGUUUCAGGUCACCAAUGAAGGCUGUAUGGUUAGACCCAACUCCGAAAAUUUCCUGGCAGACCAGGAGUGUGUGUCUGUGCUGAGGAGGGCCAGUGAACACAAACAGAGUAAAGAACAGAUUGAAUUUGCAGUCCAGCCGAAGAAGACACCCAGUUCGCCCAGAGUCUCCGGCCAAUAUGACUUGGAUGAUAUGGAGGUGGAUCCGAGGCCCUGCUCCCCUUGCUGGUACAAGUUUUCAGACAUCUUCUUGAAAUGGAACUGCUGUGUGCCUUGGGUGACCUUCAAGAAGUGGAUGUACCUCAUAGUGAUGGACCCAUUCGUGGACCUGGGCAUCACAAUCUGUGUUGUUCUCAACACAAUUUUCCUUGCCCUAGAACAUUACCCAAUGACAGCAGGGUUUGCGGAGGUGUUGAGUGUUGGGAACUUGGUUUUCAUUGGGAUCUACACUGCAGAGAUGGUGCUGAAAGUAAUUGCCUUGGAUCCAUAUUAUUACUUCCAGAGUGGGUGGAACAUCUUCGACAGCAUCAUUGUGGCCCUGUGCUUGAUUGAGCUGGUGCUUGACGUUAAUGAGGGUCUGUCUGUGCUCCGAACCUUCCGUCUGAUGCGUGUUUUCAAGAUUUUCAAAUCUUUCAAGAGGAUGCUAAAGAUCAUCAGGAACUCCAUGAGGACCCACACCUUGCUCCUGUUCAUCUUCGUCUUCAUGUUUGCUGUGAUGGGCAUGCAAAUGUUUGGGAAGAGCUACGCAAAUGAAGUGUGUAAGAUCUCUAAAGACUGCAAACCUCCCCGGUGGCACAUGCAUGACUUCUUCCAUGCUUUCCUCCUCAUCUUCCGGGUGCUGUGUGGCGAGUGGAUCGAGACCAUGUGGGACUGCAUGGAGGUGGCCGGCCAGGGCAGGUGUCUCAUCUUCUACCUGAUGGUCAUAGUCAUUGGUAACCUAGUGCUGUUGAACCUCUUCAUGGCCUUGCUGCUGAGCUCCUUCAGGGGGGAAAACAUGGUGGAUCUGGAGGGGGACAGGGAGAGGAACAACCUGCACAUUGCAGUCAGGAGGAUCACCAAGCUUGAACUGGGCUUGAACUGGACCAAAGUCUACAUCAUUAAACAGUUCCGGAUUAUUGUCGGGAAGAAGUCAAACGGAUGUGGUGAUGAGGCUGAUGGUGUUGUGGGUGGAAGUAAUGGGAACAUAGACAUCCUCCAGAAGGACAACCCUAACCCUAACCCCAACCCUAACCCCACUGACGACCCAACAGCUUUGGAGCUGAAAAUGCUGGACAUUUGGGUGGACGAUGUACCCAUUGCCAAAAUUGAUUCAGAUAAUGAGGAUGACGAUGUUGGAGAUGGCCCAGAAAAGGAUAUUAACGACCAUACUGAGUUAAAGCAGUUAGCAGAGGACAAUGGCUCUUCAAUCUGUGCCACAGUGGAAAAGAAGAAAGAGGUAGACCCCACCAGCCCUGAGAAUUGCUGGGCUGACAACUGCGAUUGUUGUCCAUGCGUUGACUUUGACAUCACCACAGGAAAAGGAAAGAUUUGGUGGAACCUCCGGAAAACAUGUUUUCUCAUUGUGGAGCACAACUACUUCAAGACCUUCAUCAUUUUCAUAAUUCUGAUGAGUAGUGGAGCUCUGGUGUUUGAAGACAUACACUUUGAACAACGCAGGACCUUGAAAAUCAUCCUGGAAUAUGCAGAUCAAGUCUUCACCUGUGUGUUUGUUUUUGAGAUGCUACUUAAGUGGGCGGCUUAUGGGUUUAAGACCUACUUCACAAAUGCAUGGUGCUGGCUGGACUUCCUGAUUUUGGAUGUGUCUUUGAUCAGCUUAACGGCAAACAUCCUGGGCUACUCAAAACUUGGACAAAUCAAAUCUUUUCAAACAUUCCGUGCAUUUCUUCCCCUCCGAGCGUUGUCCAGAUUUGAGGGAAUGAAGGUUGUAUUAAAUGUUCUGGUGGGGGCCAUUCCUUCCAUCUUUGGCGUUUUCCUGGUUUGCCUCAUCUUCUGGCUCAUCUUCAGCAUCAUGGGAGUCAACCUGUUUGCUGGGAAAUUCUAUUACUGCUUCAACACCACAUCUGAGGAGAGGUUUCCAGCUGACAUUGUAAAUAACAAGACUGAAUGUUUGGGACUAAUGGCGCAGAAUGAAACUGUGCGUUGGAUGAAUGCAAAGGUCAACUUUGACAACGUGGGCAUGGGAUACCUUUCCCUCCUCCAAAUAGUAACAUUUAAAGGAUGGCUCGACAUAAUGUACCAUGCUGUGGAUUCACGUAAUGUGGAAGGACAGCCCAUAUAUGAAGACAAUAUUUACAUGUACCAUUACUUCUUCAUAUCCAUCUUCUUUGGUUCCUUCCUCAUGCUAAAUCUAUUAAUUGGAGUCAUUAUCGAAAACGUUAACCAACAGAAAAAGAAGUUUGGAGGUAAAAAUAUCUUCAUGACAGAGGAACAAAAUAAAAACUACAAUGCCAUGAAGAAGCUCGCCAAGAAACCACAGAAGCCUGUGCCUAGACCUACGAACAAAAUCGCAGGCCUCAUUUUCAACCUAAUCUCCCAACCAUUAUUUGACCUCUUCAUCAUGGUGCUGAUCUGCCUGAGCUUGGUGACGAUGAUGGUGGAGACGUAUGACCAGAGCCUGGUGCCGGAUGAAAUCCUAUAUUGGAUCAACUUUGGGUUCAUCAUCGUCAUUAUUGAGUGUAUCAUCAAGCUGAUUGGACUACGACGGUUCUAUUUCUCUGAUGGAUUGAAUAUUGUGGAUUUUCUUGUCAUCAUUCUCUCUGUUGUUGGUAUUUUUCUGUCAGAAAUCAUAGAGAAAUAUUUUAUCUCACCUAUCAUAUUCCGUGUGAUAAGACUGGCCAGGAUUGGUCGGGUUCUGAGACUCACCCGAGCUACUAAAGGCAUCCGGUCGAUGUUGUUUGCCCUGAGGAUGUCACUUCCUGCUGUCUUCAACAUUGGACAGCUGCUUUUCCUUAUCAUGUUUGUCUUCUCUAUUUUGGGAAUGUUUAACUUUGCCUACGUGAAAAGGGAGGCUGGGAUAGACGAUAUGUUCAAUUUUGAAACUUUUGGCAACAGUAUCAUAUGUCUUUUCACAAUCUCAACAACAGCCGGUUGGGAUAGUUUUCUCUUACCCAUUCUAAACAGACCUCCAGACUGUGACCCAGUUAUGGAUAAUCCCGGCACAGAUAUGCGAGGAAACUGCAGCAAUCCUGUAUUCAGCAUUUUUUUUUUCUGCAGCUACAUCACUUUAUGUAUCCUGCUUUGGGUCUACAUGUCCAUUUCUGUUGUCCUUGAGAACUUCAAUGUGGCCGUGGAGGAAACCAGUGACCCACUGUGUGUGGAAGACUUUGAGAUGUUCUACUAGACCUGGGAGAAGUUCGACCCUGACGCGUCACAGUUCAUCUCCUACAAUUUUGUCAGUUCUGUGAUCCCCAAACCAAACACAAUCAAGCUGAUCUCCAUGGACCCCCUGGUCCCUGGGGACAAGAUCCACUGUCUGGACAUUCUUCUGGCUUUGACUAAGGAGGUGCUGGGAGAGUCGGGGGAGAUGGAUACCAUGAAACAAAGAAUUGAGACGUUCAGGAUUAACAACCCCUCUAAAGUCUCAUACGAGCCAAUCACAACCACCCUGAGGCGAAAACAGGAAGAGGUAGCUACUGCUGUUAUUCUGAAAGGGUAUCGUAAGCACCUACAGAGAAUAAGGUUGUCUUGCCCUCCACCCAUUUCAUCAUCCCAGACACAGUCUGUAAUUCAUUGCUAAAGGAUAAUCUCCAGUUCAUGCGUCGUAGCCUUAAAUUGUGAUUAUUUAUUCGUCUGCUAUAUAAAAAAAAUUAUGUAUUAAAUCCAGGAUAGUGCUUAAUGAAAAAUCUGCGUAUUUUUUUUUUAUUUGACUGUAUAUAGUUCAUAAUUCGGAAGAGGAGAGACAUGCACACAACAAGGUGAA